AUGGAAACGAACCCGCGUUAUGGCCAACGCCUGAUAGCCUCGAGGAUUGAGGAGCUUGCGCAACAUGAACCAAAGAGAGUCUGGCUGUCCAUACCGUCUUCUCGUCCUAGCGAUGGAUUCAAGGAUGUCACAUGGGAGACGGGCGCAAACGCCAUUGACCGCGCUGCCUGGUGGAUUGAGUCCACGCUGGGAAAGGGGGACGGGCAGUCCACGGUCGCAUACAUUGGACCCCAAGAUAUGCGAUACCUGAUCCUGCUGGUAGCUGCUAUCAAGGCUGGUUACAUCCUAUUUCUCACAUCCCCGCGGAACAGUAUUGAGGACCACGUUCACCUGUUCAAAGAAACCAAUUGCCAGAUCAUUCUUCACGCAUCAACAACCACCAUUGACGAAAUACUGCAUCGCUUCCCCAUGCACGCGGCUACUGUUCCUGAAAUAGAUGUAUGGCUUGAUGCGGUCCCAGUACCGAAAUACUUGUACAAUGUCAAGUACGAAGAGGUAGCCGAGAUGCCAUACGUGAUCUUCCACACAUCGAGCUCCACUGGCCGACCAAAGCCAAUCUAUCUACCUCACAGUACGGCAGCCCAACCCGAUAACGCUCAAUUGAUUCCCUCUCGAGACGGUCGUCGAACGAUGUUCGCACAUUUGAAGCAUAAUUGUCAAAGAUUGCUAUGCCCCUUUCCACUCUUUCAUGCAGCGGGCGUGGGGAACUGUCUGGCCGCUGCGGCAUACCUGCCUUUGACAGUGGUUCUUGCGCCUGCCGACAGAAUUCCCAACGCAGGUCUCAUCGACGAGCUUUUAGACCAUGGCAACGUUGAUAUGGCACUGUUGCCUCCUUCGUUGCUAGAAGAUAUGAGCCAGUCGCAAGCAUCCCUGGAAAGGCUCGGUAAACUUGAAGGAGUAUUCUACGGAGGCGGACCCAUCUCGGAUGAACCAGGAGAAAGACUCUCUAAAAAGGUCACAUUACACAAUUGGCUUGGUAGUACCGAGACGGGCACAGUCCAUUCUUACGUUACAGAUGGAGACGCUUGGAAAUACUUCUACUUCGAUCCAGUACACAACGGGAUCGAAUGGAGACCCACGCCCGAGGAUGACGUAUAUGAAAUGGUCAUUGUCCGGGAUCCCAAACUUGAGCGAUUCCAAUUCGUUUUCAAGGUGUUCCCUCAACUACAGGAAUUCUCUCCAAAAGACCUGUACAAGAAGCAUCCAACCAAACCACAUCAUUGGCGGCACAUAGGCAGGGUAGACGAUAUCCUCGUUUUCAGUAAUGGAGAGAAGCUCAUGCCACGAGUUACCGAGGACCUUCUCUCGGCCCAUCCAGCUGUUCGAUCUGCGCUCAUUGUUGGACAUGGCCGCUUCAAUGCUGCAGCAAUCUUGGAGCCGAACGAGAUACCCAAGAGUCGACAGGGUGUAGAGAGCCUUUUAGACGAUGUAUGGAAGACUGUUAUGGAAUCCAACAAGACGGCACCUACCCACGGCAUGCUUUCGAAGUCUCAUCUGAUGAUUGUCAGCCCUGACAAGCCGUUCCUGCGAGCCGGCAAAGGGACUAUACGGCGUGGAGCAACGAUAGAUGAGUACGCUGAAGAGAUCAACAAACUGUACGCAGAAGCAGAAAGCGGUGCGAGGGAUAUCUCCGUAAAAAUCUCAGUUCAUAAUUACUCCGCAUUGGUUGAUUCCCUCAGACUGGCAAUCCUUCAAAUCUCAGACCUCCGUCUUGGGCCAAAUGACGACUUCUUCAACGCCGGCAUGAACUCCCUUCACGUUCUCAAUCUCAGUGCAGUAAUCCGAAGAGGUUUGUCGGAAGACAAGCCGCAAUCCGAUCAGAGCGACAUCACACCAAAAUUGAUCUAUGCACAUCCAAGCCUUAAUCUGCUUUCCACAGUUAUCCUCCAGUCCUUCAAUGUCAAGCUGCAGAAUGGACACGCCGGAACAGACAGCCAUGAGCGAGUGUUCCAAGGCUUGGUGGACAAGUAUACGACCCCGGCGAUAAUCUCGCCAAGUCACGCAUCAGAGACCACUCACAAAGGCCUUACUGUUCUUCUCACCGGCAGCACGGGUUCCUUGGGUUCUUACAUUAUGGAUCUACUCCUAGCAGACUCCAGGGUAUCCAAAGUCUAUUCCCUGAACCGAGGCCUGGACAGUGAAGCGAGACAGAGCAGGUCCAAUAUCACCAAAGGACUAUCGACCAACUUUGAUAAAGCAACGUUCCUUGCCGCAAAUCUAGCCAAUCAAUUUCUCGGCCUCAAAGAAAAUGUUUAUCAAGAAAUGCUACGUAGCGUGGAUCAAAUAAUCCACAACCAAUGGCAAGUCGACUUUAACCUUUCCCUCCCCUCCUUCGAGCCCCAAAUCGCCGGCGUUCGCAACCUCUGUGAGUUCGCCGCCUCAACAUCCUCCCACGCCCCUCUCGUCUUCACCUCCAGUGUCGCAACGGUCUAUAACUGGCCCUCCACCAACACCAGCAACACCCUCGUCCCAGAAUCCUCCCACGCCAACGACCUCUCCCUCUGCACCCCUGGCUACGGAUCCAGCAAACUAGCUGCUCACAAGAUUCUCGAAUACGCUGCCCAGCAGUGGGACGUAAACAUCGCUAUUUUACGCGUCGGCCAAAUCGCAGGCCCAGUCACUGAUGGGGAGCGCGGGAUGUGGAGUAAGCAAGAAUGGCUACCUUCGGUACUUGCGAGUUCGAAACACCUCGGUAUGCUGCCCGACGAUGUGAGUGGGAUCAUCGACUGGGUUCCUGUCGAUCACUGCGCGCGCGUGGUGCUCGAGCUAGCGGAGCAUACUCUCCAUGCUGUAAACCCCGACGCUGAGGGUAAAGGAGGACACGUGGCGUACUACCACGUCGUGAAUCCGCACGACGCUACCUGGCCGGACUUACUUCCUGUUGUGCAAGAAUACUCCGCCAAUCAACUGCGCGUUGUCUCGUUGGCCGAGUGGGUGCAGGCGCUCGAACAGAGCACCACCGGGGAUUCCGGUGCCGACGAUAAAAAUCCGGCCGUGAAACUUCUAGGCUGGCUCGCAGAUCUCGUGCGCCGACGUGCCUCGGGCCGCGACAACGUCAAGCUUGACACCAAAGAGACAAGCAAGUGGAGCGAAAGGAUGAGGGAACUCGAGCCCGUGAACAGGCAAUGGAUGGAUUUAUGGCUAAGACAGUGGCGAUUUUAG